UCACACAUGUGACACGAGUUGUGUCUUAUUGCAAAUGGCCAGCAGUGGAAGGUGAAAGGAAAGAAGGGAGAACAUGGGAAUAAAUGCAGAACGAGGAGGAUUAUUUCACUUUUCUUUUUUGUCCGUUAUAAUUUUACACUGGAUUGUGAGUGGGGAUAAUGUUGGUGCUGCUUUUGCAUCAACUGCCUGAAGACAUUCUCCUGCUGCUCUUCUCUUACUCUGACACCCAGACCCUUGGCAGGUUGGCCCAGGUCUGCAAGAAAUUUCACUCUCUCAUCAGCAGGGACACACUCUGGAGGAGGAUAGCUAAAGUCUCCCUCAACACCGGUAUUACCAGGCUCGGCAGAGACACGUUUCCCCAAAUUGCGCUCAAAGAGCGAGUGAAGUUCUCACAGAACUGGAAACGUGGAAGGUGUCGCCAGGAAAUUUUGCUGAGGUGGAGGUACAAUUUAUUGCCAUGGUUACAACUCGAUGAUCAGUGGCUCUACCUCUCCCAAGCAGCUGAUAUCCGAGCAUAUUCGCUAAGGCAGAACAGUGUCAGCUUUCAGCGACGGCCUGUCUCCGUGUACACUGGCCAUCAGGAUGAUGUCUGUCGGUUUGUUGUCAGUGAAUCACAUGUCAUCAGUGGUGGUGGAGAUGGGAGGAUCAUUAUCUGCAACACUUGUAACUCGUUCUGCACAGCCUUCUCAGCACACAAUCAAGAGGUCAACUGCAUUGACAGCCGAGGACAUGUCAUCGUUAGUGGUUCAAGAGAUAAGACAGCACGGAUUUGGUCACUGUGCUCCAAUCGGCUAGGAGAAUGUUUACACAAGAUAAGGACAGAAGAUCGAGUUUGGUCAGUGGCCAUUAACCCUACUCUGAGUUCUGUCAUGACGGGGACUGCUUGUUGUGGGCAUGCCUCACCCUUGAGGAUCUGGGACCUUCAGAGUGGCCAGCUUGAGAGCUGUCUGGGGUCCGAUUUCCGUCGUGGAGCAGGAGUCCUGGAUAUCCUGUACGAGACUCCCUCAGUGGUGCUGACCUGUGGAUAUGACACCUACAUCAGACAGUGGGAUAUGCGAGCUAGCAUCAGGCGCAGUGUGAUGGAAUGGGAAGAACCUCAUGACAGUGCACUAUACUGUUUGCAGACAGAUGGAAACUUCAUGAUUGCCAGUGGCUCAUCCCGCUAUGGUGUUGUGCGUCUCUGGGACAAGAGGCAGACAAAGAGUCUACAGGUAUUUUUCCUUUCCUCCCCAAGCAGCAGUAGCCCAGUAUACUGCCUUCGAUUUACUACCUCACAUCUCUACAGCGUCUUGGCCCAUGCACUUUACAUGUUGGAUUUUACAAUCUGUGACCAACAGCACGGAAAAUAAAUGGGUGAGAACACUUAAAGUGGGGAUCCCAAUACUGCACAUCAGAAGCCAGCAUGCUGUCAAUUGCUACUUCAAGACAAAGCCUGCUCAUUCACAUCCAACACCGCAAUUCCUUAAAGAAUCGCAUUUGCAAUAAAUUUUAUACAUGAA